AUGGCCGACGGAGUGACAUUGGUCGACUCUACUGGCCUGCACUCGUUUUCUCCUUCUCCUUCUCUGUCUCCCUUGUCCUCCUCAUCAACGGCCGUCGCACUGUCCCUCGCAACGUCUGCUUCCGCCGUAACCGCCAGCUAUAGCAUCUCCCAUCUUCCUCCCCCGCCUUUACCCCCAGUGCCUACAACCAUGGCGGGGUGGAUCGGAUGGGUUUUUUCCUUCUUUUUCCAGGUCAUUCCAAGCGUUCUAUACUGGGUCAUCACUUUUUCUACCAUCACAUUGCCCACAUGGCUGUUCACUCUCUUUUCCAUGAGCCUGACGUUCACAAUGAACUUCACCACGCUCUUGUUAAUCGUUCUCGCGAUGGUUUCGACCAUCAGCUGGUUUAUCCGGUACCGCUUUCUGAACAUGUACAGUCGAUUACCUCCCGAGCCCCAACGUAAGGAACCGCAGGUCGACCUCUUCCCCGAUGUACAAGAAGGAGAUUCGAAGCCAGGGCUGGCCAAUUACCUGGAUGAGUUCCUCAGCGCCAUCAAAGUUUUUGGGUACCUGGAACGGCCUGUCUUCCACGAAUUGACCCGGACAAUGCAAACCAGGAAGCUGAUCGCGGGCGAAACGCUUAUGUUGGAGGAAGAAAAGGGAUUCUGUCUAGUAGUCGACGGGUUGGUCCAGAUUUUUGUAAAGUCCAUGCGAGAUGGAAAGUCGGACACAGAUGAGGAGCUGCACCAUCUCGGAGCCGAAUCCUCGGACGAGGAACACCAUAUCGAUGGCAAGCAGGGAUACCAAUUGCUGACCGAGGUCAAGAACGGCGCGUCGAUGUCGUCCUUAUUCUCAAUUCUCUCGCUGUUCACAGAGGACAUUCAACUACGGGAGAACGAGAGCUCGAGUUCCAGUUCCUCCAGCAUCGCCCUUCGCGCCGCUCGUGUACCCAACUCGAUCCCAACGAGUCCUCGGGGAGUGAUGGACAGCCCUUCCUUGGGCUUUCAAGACCACAGCGACGAUGCCUCUAAUAUGAUCACCAACGGAGAUCUGCCAUCCGUGCCCCCGCUGCAUCUGGGAGAGAGCCGCACUCCUCCUUCCGGUGACCAGCACCAUCAGCAGCACCAUGAAAGUCGGAAGCACUCUAGCAGAAAACGCCGGAAGUCGGUCCAUCCUGACAUUGUUGCCCGUGCUAUGGUGGAUACCACAAUCGCAAUCAUCCCAGCCAGCGCUUUCCGGCGACUGACCAGGGUCUACCCAAGGGCAACCGCCCACAUCGUUCAGGUCAUCCUCACCCGCCUACAGAGAGUUACGUUUGCAACGGCGCAUUCCUAUCUUGGUCUCAGCAACGAGGUGCUUGGAAUUGAAAAGCAAAUGACCAAGUUUACCACGUAUGAUCUGCCAAACGACAUGCGCGGCGCAGCUCUGGAUCGCCUCAAAGACAAGUUCAUCAAGGAGCGGGAUCGCCUAGGCUCUGAGGAAGUCACGAAGGGAAUUGCCCUACACAAUCCAUCUGCGGGUAGACGACGCCGAUCGAGCAGCUUCCUGAGAAAGGAUGCUGCGCUGCAAGUCAGGAUGAUGACACCCAGACGUGCGGCCACCGUGGUUACCCCGGAGAGUGCACCCGCUGAGCACGACACAUAUGGAGUUAGCCCAGGCGACCUAUUAUCGACCAUUCAAUCCUCCAGGUUCGGCCCCAGAUAUGAGCAGCCUCCUGCAAAGCUACAGUCUCCUUUGGCUGAAAAGGAGAACACCCAUUUCCGGCUUCCUGCCAUGCAAGCGCGUCAUACUUUCCGCCGACAAGACACAACGGACGAGGACGCGCUGUUCCGCGAGUGCAUCUUGGAUUGCAUCAUGAAGGGGAUCGGUCUCACGAGUAGUACUCGUGACGCUUUGCGCAAAAGCAGCCAUUCUGGCGAGGCUUCUCCGAAGCUUCUUUCCUAUGAUUCCCGACGUCAGAAGGCGAUCUUCACCAACAACGCCUUUGGCUUUAUUGACCCAUACGAAGGCUCGGGAGAUGGAGAGACGGAGUCGUUGAUGUCCAUGUCUGUAACGAGUGCAGGAGGCACAUCGCCAGUGAUCAACUUGCGGGAAGAGCUCCGUAACGACAUCGAGAUCGUCUAUUUCCCCAAGGGUUCGGUUUUGGUGGAGCAGGGAGAGCGCCACCCUGGGUUGUACUACGUGAUCGAUGGAUUCUUGGAUGUAGGCGUGCCGAUUGUCGAAAAAGGGGAAGAUCUCGUGGGUGUGUCCAAACCAGCAGCUUCGAAGGAGCCUUUCCCGACCCUUAAGCGGACGACAACCGCCAACUCGAUUGGCGCUGGCGGCACAGCUGCCAGCGAUUCUCGACGAAGAAGGCAGUCUCGGAAAUCCCUGUAUCUGAUCAAACCCGGCGGUAUUCAAGGCUACGUUGGAGCAGUAGCGUCCUAUAGAUCUUACACCGACGUGGUUGCCAAGACGGACGUCUACGUUGGCUUCCUCCCACGGGCGUCCUUGGAGCGCAUCGCGGAGCGGUAUCCAAUCGCUUUGCUGACGCUUGCGAAGAGGCUGACAAGUAUCCUUCCACGUCUGCUCCUCCACAUCGAUUUCGCUCUCGAAUGGGUACAGGUGAACGCCGGCCAAGUUAUCUACCACCAAGGCGACGAGAGCGACGCAAUUUAUCUUGUCUUGAAUGGACGAUUGCGGUCGGUCCUUGAAAGUCCAGGCAACAAACUAGCCGUCGUUGGCGAAUAUGGCCAAGGAGAAAGCUUGGGCGAGCUCGAGGUGAUGACCGAGUCCACGCGCCCGGCUACUCUUCAUGCGAUCCGUGAUACCGAACUGGCCAAGUUCCCAAGAUCGCUCUUCAACAGCCUCGCCCAGGAACACCCAGGAAUUACCAUUCAGGUCUCCAAACUGAUUGCGCAACGGAUGCGGGAUUUGGUCGAACGCCCGGUGACCGAGAAAGGUGUCGAACGAAGCAACGCUGGUGGUGUGCAAACCGCAACCUCGACCGUCAAUCUCCGUACCGUGGGCAUUCUGCCUGUGACAGCGGGCGUUCCAGUAGUCGAAUUCGGUAAUCGACUAUUGCACGCUCUUCAUCAAGUUGGAGUGACGAAUGGGGUUACAUCGCUCAACCAGGCGGCCAUUCUGAAUCACCUAGGGCGCCAUGCCUUCAGCAAGAUGGGCAAGCUCAAGUUAUCCCAAUACCUUGCCGAUCUAGAAGAGAAGUAUGGCAUGGUUCUUUACAUCGCUGACACUAACGUGAGCUCUCCGUGGACGCAAACAUGCAUCACGCAGGCCGAUUGCAUUCUUCUGGUCGGUCUGGCCGACUCGUCCCCCAGUAUUGGAGAGUACGAGAGGUUCCUGCUUGGCAUGAAGUCUACAGCUCGGAAAGAGCUCGUAUUGCUGCACUCGGAGCGCUAUUGUCCGCCUGGGCUGACUCGGCGGUGGUUGAAGAACCGAGUAUGGAUCAAUGGCGGCCACCAUCACAUUCAAAUGGCCUUCCGGCUGACGGCAGAGCCUUCGCAUCCGGAAACCAAGCGCUUCGGAACAGUCCUCAAACAACGGGUCCAGGUGUUGCAGGCUGAAAUCCAAAAGUACACAUCGCGGAGGAUUCGCCAGACACCUCUUUACUCCGCUCAAUCCCCGUUCAAAGGCGAUUUCCAUCGUCUUGCGCGUCGGUUGAGGAGCAAGGGUAUUGCGCACGUUGGUGUGAUCAAGGCGCUCGAAGAGGCCGGUAUCCCUGUUGACAUCAUCGGCGGCACAUCGAUCGGUUCGUUCAUUGGUGCGUUGUAUGCUCGAGAUGCGGACGUGGUUCCCAUGUAUGGCCGUGCGAAGAAGUUUGCUGGCCGCAUGGGAAGCAUGUGGCGAUUCGCGCUAGAUCUGACGUACCCGACGGUCUCCUACACGACCGGCCACGAGUUCAACCGUGGAAUCUUCAAGACCUUUGGUGACAGCCAGAUCGAGGACUUCUGGCUCGAGUUCUACUGCAACACUACCAACAUCAGCAAAUCGCGCCCCGAGUACCAUUCGUCUGGAUAUGUCUGGCGCUAUGUGCGUGCAUCCAUGUCGCUUGCGGGUCUGAUUCCGCCGAUUUGCGACGAGGGAAGCAUGCUCCUCGACGGCGGCUACAUUGACAAUCUGACCGUCGACCAUAUGAAGGGUCUCGGUGCGGAUGUGAUCUUCGCCGUUGACGUGGGCUCUAUCGACGACAACACACCUCAGGUCUAUGGAGACUCCCUCUCCGGAUUCUGGUCCGUCUUUAAUCGCUGGAACCCGUUCUCCUCGUGCCCCAAUCCGCCAACGUUAUCCGAAAUCCAGGCACGUCUGGCCUACGUCUCGUCUAUUGACAACCUGGAACGCGCCAAGAACAUCCCGGGCUGUCUGUACAUGCGUCCCCCUAUAGAUGGAUACGGCACGCUGGAGUUUGGCAAGUUUGAUGAGAUCUACCAGGUCGGCUACGCCUUUGGCAAGCAGUUCCUGGAGAAGCUGAAAACCGAGGGGUCCCUCCCUUUGCCGGAGGAGACCGAGGAGAAGAAGAAGCUACAACGUACCAUGGCUCCCCGCCGAGCCAGUAUAUGA